GACAUCCUCAUCACCUUGUCACCUCACCUCAUUCCCCCAGUUGACUCAAAAGCUUUCUGCUUCUCUUUCGCUCGCACCUCUAAAACCCUUUUACGGCCACCUCUCGUCAAAUCUUUUCUCUGAAGAAGCCAUGAGCCGAUUCACAAGAUUCGAGCUUUUUGAGCACUCCCCACCCUUCUUCUUUAAAGAUACCACCCUCUCUCGAAAUCCAUUCUAUCCUUCGUUUCCACUCGAAAAUGAGCUCGAUAUUGCUCUUGAUCUGCUCUGUCCCACCGCUUAUUCACUUCCCCGUUUUGAUUUCACCUCCCAAUUUGACGACUUUGAUGCUGUCACCGAUCUGAUUCAGAUCGAAAGAACUCCGUUUUACAGCAAUGCCAAGCGGGUCCAGAGGCGCCGAGUCGGGUCCGGAUUAGAUACUCACUGCUUACAAACCCUGUGUGACCGGGUCUCGGCCCUGGAACUGGAGUUUGACCGGUUAUCCCUGGAGAAGAAGAAGAAGAAAAAAGUUGGGGACAGGAAGUACACGUGGACGGCGGAGAUCAAGAGUCCGGAGGAGGAUGGGUUUGACCGGAAGUACAAAUGGGUGGCGAAAAUUAACGACGACGGGAGGAAGAGAGCGCCGGAGAAGAGCUACAAAUGGACGGCUGAGAUCAAAGGAAAGGGAGAGGACAAACCGAUCUCCAGGACCUACACUUUUGAAGCAUCCACUGGAGAUUCAGGGGAGUGUAGAAUAGUGGAGAAGAAAGACAAAAAGAAGGAAGAGAAAAAGAAGAAAAAAGAAGAUGGCUGCAAACGUGUGGUUGAGAUUGAAGAGCCUUCUGAUCAUGGCGCCAUCAUCCUAAGACAGGCAUUUGGGAGGAGAGUGGAGAAGAAUAAGGGGAAGAGAAAGGAGUUGUCAUUGCAAGAUGCAGCCUUGGUAAUACAAAUGGGCUUCAGGGCUUAUCUUAUAAGGAGAUCUCAGGUUCUGCGGGCUCUUCGUGAGCUGGCCAUUGCAAAAACCAAGUUGCGGGAGCUCAGAACGCUGUUCAACAACUUCUCUUACCGGCGUCGGGUGGCUCGUGAUGCUGAGGAGAGACAGAGAUUCUCCGAGAAGAUCAUUGUGCUUCUUCUCACUGUUGAUGCCAUUGAGGGUGCUGAUAUUCUGGUGCGAGCUACAAAGAAGUCUAUGGUGGACGAGCUAGAAGCAAUGCUCGAUGUUGUGGACCCGCAACCUGGUGGAAGGAGUCUGUCGAUGAAGAGAAGAACAUUUGAUAUGCCCGAUGGCACGAUUCAGAAGGAACUGGCAGCUGGAGUGGCGAAAGUAGUUCAAAUGCUCGAUGAAGAAUAAAAUGCUGGCCGAAACCUUUGUAGCGUGCUUCUAACGCUGCUAAUGUCUAGCAAAAAACCUCUAUUCUCUUGCCUUAAAUGUAUCUUUUAUGCGAGAUUUCAAGAUAAGAUGUUUUGAACAUUUGAUGUUUAUGUAACCAUCUUCCAUUACCAAGCUUUUACCUUCUUAUUA